GACUUCACAUCUUUCCCUCUCUUUGGUGUUCUUCUCGUCGCCAUGGACGAUCUCUCUCUAGAGAAAAUCGAGAUUUCUGGUCCAACAUUGGCAUCAUUGAUUCAAAGAGCAUCCUCUUCUCCCGGUAACGUCGACGGCUUGAUCUUCGGCCAAAUCCAUCGGAUCGUCUCCACUAACUUAUCCGACGAUUCUCCGGCGGAAUCCUUCGCCUCGAGUUCCUCAUCUGAUAAAAUUGUCGCCACCGUUACAAGCUUCCUCUGCUCUGGUAAAACUGUCUCCUUCUAUGAUCCGCUUGGUCGAGUUGACUCGCGUCGGAUCGACUCCCUCCGAGUCGACUCGCCGGACCGUCUUCUUGGCUGGUUCUCCGCCCGCAGGAAAACCGCAAACCGUCCAUCCAUGCGAGAGCUAGCCGUCGCGUCAUCUCUCUCAUCUCAAUUCCACCUACCGAUCAAGGACCCGGAAAACCCUAAAUCGACGAACAUGGCUUCCUGCGUCUUCAUCCUUCUUACUACGCCAACGACAGACCAGCUAAUCCACACGCACGAGUACCGUGCGUACCAAUUCCGCUACUCGAACCAACGGCUCGAACCGAGAUCACUUGGUAUAGUCAACAUCGGACCGGCGUUUCGCGAGCAUUACGGUUCGUUUAGUCCGAAAUCUGGAUUUCCACCGUUGAUCUGCGAGGUGAGUAGCUCAGCCAUGAACGUGGACCACGACGAAGGGUCUUUAAGUGCGAUUAAACAAGCAGUGAAGGAUCAGAAGGAGAUCGAUGCAUUAGCAGAUGGGUUGCAAGUGGGAAACUUGAAACGCUUAGUCGGAGCUGAAGCUGCCAACUACACAGGCGGGAUUGAAGAAAUGUAUGAGAGAAUGCUGGCUAAGGUCGAGAGCUUGGCUUUGGAGGUUGAGAAGAGCUCGGCUAGGGUUCUUGAACUGGAUAAUCAUAAUAGGAAGCUGAGAUACCGAGUUGCCAGAAUCGGUCGAUGAAGCUUUCUUGAGUUGCUGUUUUUUUUGGCGCCAGAACUUUUUGAAGUGCCAGAAUUGUCAAAGAGUAGGGAACUUUUCUUUAGAAGAGCUGCUGUAACAUGUCGCAUGUUAUGAUAUAACCCAGAACGAAAGAUGAUGGCUUGAGGUCAAGUUUCAGAAGUUCUCUACUGCGAUGUUCUUGUUCGGGUUUAUACAUAUGUAUUUUGGUGUAUUGGUCCAAAUUACAUACAUAUUUGGGUGUAUCUCGGUCCAAAAAUGAAAUUGCUUUGUUUUUUAAUGUAAACGAUUCAAAGUGAUCUUGAUUGUUUUUCCUAGAUUUGAAAAAGUGAUCGUGAUCUUAAACGAUCAAAAGUGAUCUUGAUCUUAAUUUCAGAUGGGGAUUUGUUGGAUGGUUUA